AUGACCUAUUCACUUCAUUAUUCAGAUCAUCAAUCUGUCAAUCCAUAUACAAUUAAUCAAUCUCAACAAUUUAUUGUAUAUUUAGUUGCCGAUGGCAAUCAAGUUCAACUUGUUAAAAUACCUAGUGAUGUACGAAAACGUCCCAUAUUUCGAAAUCAAGUUGGUCAUAUUCUUCAAGCAACGCUUUUACAUGGUGUUUCAAUCGGUAAUCAACCAAUUAUGAUUUCAUUUGAAACAAAUGAAGAUUCUUUCAGAUUAUCUAAUUCUUCAUUGAUAAAUACUUUUCGACAACCAACUUCAAUAACUUCUUUUUUGACACAACAACGACAUAAAUAUUUUCCACGACCAUCUAGUACUGUUCAGACAAGUUCACUAUUUCAUAUAAAACGAACAAUAAUGAGAACACAGCAAUCAACAAAUAAUAUACAAUUGCCUACAGCAAUCAAUCCAACAUCAAUUCGACAUGGAUGUACUAUACAACCAUAUGACAGAAGUACAUCACCAAUUCCAAAUGAUACUGAUUCAUCGGAAGAUGGUACAUCUGAUGAAUCAGCAACAGAAGAUAAAGAUGAUCAUCUUUCUUCUUCAAAAAUAAUUCAAACAAACAAUCAUCAUCAUCAUUCACGAUUAAACAACUCAAGUCUAUCAAAAGAGAAAUGUCAACGAUCAAGAUCAUGUGAACACGAUUCAUUUAUGUAUAAACGAAUAAGAACAGAAUCAAUGAUGCCACAUGAAACAAAACUCGUAUCAAUACCUGAACAAACAACAACAAUGCCAUUAUUAAGUAAUUCACAUUCACAUAAAAAUGAUUGUUCGUCGUUCAAUUAUUCAAAUCAACAUAUUCCAUCAUCAACACAUGAAAGUUUUCAUCGGCAUAAUUCUUUAUCAAAUAAUACAACUCAAAACGAAAAAAUAAUAUCACAAAUUUCUUCAUCAUCAUACCCACCAACAAGUACUCCUCGACCAUCAUGUGUCAUGUCAACCGCAAUGACAAUACCUAACAUUGUACUACCAAAUUGUUCUUCAAUCAAAUCUUUCAAUGAAACAUCAAAUAAUAAUAUGAUUAUUAAUAAUAAAAAUGAUUGUGUUGAAUAUACAAGUCGUCCAGCAUUUUCAAUUAAUUAUACUAGUAAUAAUUCAGAUAAAAUACAUACUUCAAAUGUACAAGAAAAAGAAACUGAAGCUUUACGAUGUGAUCCAAAACAAUGGACAACUUUACAAGUUAAAGAAUUUAUUGUGCGUUUAACCAAUAGUAUAAUUGCUGAAAUUUUUGUUAAACAUCAAAUCAAUGGUGAAUCGAUGCUUAUGUUAGACAUGGAUAUAUUAUUGAAUAUUAUGAAAAUAAAUUUAGGUCCAGCCUUACUUAUUUUACGUCGAAUUGUGGAACUACGUGAAAAUACUGAAACAUUUAUUUAA